GACGGCGUGCGGACUUUUCAACGGACGUUAUCUGUCACUAUAAGGCAGGCGACUGGAAUUAUUUUGUUUUUAACUUAAUGAAAGACUGUCCAAACGCAAUCUUGCGCGUCUUCUAACUGAAACUGAUGUUUGAAGGAAUGAUGCAAGACGAAUCCAGCUCCCCAGUGUCUCCAGCGGACAGUCUCAGCAACAGUGAAGAAGAACUCGACAGGCAACAGAAAAGAUGUGGGAGGAAAAGGAGAACGAGCAGGAAAAAUGGGGAGGAUUCAGAUAGCCCGACCCCUGGGAAAAGAGGAAAAAAGUCCAGCAGCAGCAGUCCGCAGUCUUUCGAAGAACUUCAGACGCAGAGAGUCAUGGCGAACGUGCGCGAACGACAGAGGACGCAGUCCCUCAAUGAGGCGUUCGCUGCUUUGCGGAAAAUAAUUCCCACUUUGCCAUCCGACAAACUGAGCAAAAUCCAGACCCUCAAACUUGCUGCCAGGUACAUCGAUUUCCUCUACCAAGUACUACAGAGCGAUGAACUGGAUUCCAAAAUGGCAAGUUGUAGUUAUGUGGCUCAUGAAAGACUAAGCUAUGCCUUUUCUGUAUGGAGGAUGGAGGGCGCGUGGUCCAUGUCAGCAUCUCACUAGCGUCUGUGGAGCCAUAGGGCAACAUGGUCACAUCUGAUUCCACUUAUCUAUCCGAGAGGGCGAUUCUGAAGUCCGAUGCUGGAUAUGUACAAAGCUGCAGUAUUUUGGGGGGAAUUGUGAAACCUAUUCGAACCAAAGAGGACGGGGCGUGGGGAGCACUUACAGAGGAAAAGGCCGUGGACACCCAGCAGUCGAGUGCUACUACACAGUCACUCGCUUGCUCUACAUUCUGAUAUAUACUUAAAACUUUUUUUUUAUUGACGAUGAAUGUUGGAAACCGUAAUCACUCUAUGCAUGCCUUUUGAUCCAGCCGUAUCGUUGUUUUCUCUGAAGAGGGUGAAAAUACAUCGAAACCGCCGUAUCAAUUUCAGAAUCAAGCUGUCGAUGAGAAAGGACUGUUGUAGCCAUAAAAUGGUUUGAAAUUUGGCUCGUA